CACUCUGCUAAUGUUAGUUGGUAAUGACGCUAGCGACGGGCACGAAGCCGGAGGGGAGGUGGUGGCUCGGCAGAAGAUGAUGGGGGGGUGAGCAAGGAAACGAAACAAAGGGAUUAUGGCUGGAAGAUGAAAUCAAUGGAGCAUCACAGCGAACCUGACUUCUCUCUAUUCACAGUCGGGGAGGCUCCCGGCUGUACCAUCCAUCCAGAUGUAGUAUGUCCAUCGCAUAACACCUCUUAUACCCGUGAGCGCAGCACCCCAGGACUAGGCAUGGGCUUCGGCGCUUGGUGGGUGGACGCACUGCAACUCGCCUGCUCGGCCCAGGAUCUUGGGCCAGGGGUCACUACAGUACAUACAUACAUACAUGCAUACUCCGUACAUGUGCAGUACAUACGUGCGUACCGGGAAAUGCUGGCCAGCGCGACGUACCCUCCUCCCUGACACCUCAAUAUGGUUCCCGAGCUACCGAGUUCGCGAGAAAUUAUGCUUGAUUGCACUGCACUUCCUUCUUUUCUCAACAUGAGCCAGAAGCACCCCGAGAUUACUACACCGACCACCCCCGGCUUGAUCCUAAACCCCUUUAACAGCUGGCGAGCAUCUGGUCAAUUGCUCUGUGGGGCACUGAAUCUUAGCGUCGCCCGUACAGCGUCGGGCAAUGCCAAGAUACAGCAAAAGGAAUGCAAUCCAAUGCGACCAGUCGACUUUGUCGUCUGUCUCGAAGUGGAUUAAUGACGCACCGCCUCAUUGUAACUGUGGCGCCAUAGGACAGCCCAGCCACAC